GGGGGGCAGCGGAUUUGCUGGGCGCUUACCGAGGUCGCGGUUGAUCUCGCAGAUGGUGACGGCGCCCGGCGGAGGGAAGCUCGGCAUCGCAGCUAGCUAGCUUGAUAGGGUUAGGAGAUAGAUUCGAGGUUCCCGGACCCAGCCCGAAAUGGGGCGCUUGAGCUCGACCAGUACACGAGGCAGCCAGGGGAAGCGGCGGCGGAAGCAACCGAGCGGCGAACGGGGAGAGAACGGAGGCGCGAGCGCGACGGGCAGACCAGGGGCGGAUGUGUUUUUCGCCUCUGCAGCCCAUACAAAACCAGCCCAUAAACAACCAGGCCUUGAAGGCCCAGCCCAAAGCACCUCGCACCUCGCCUCUCGAUCCACCAUUCUCCGUCCGCCGUCACCCACGCUUGCUGGCUCCGCCGACGCAUCUCGCAAGCUGCCAGCGCCCCCCUCGCCCCUCUCCACUGUGGUCCGCAGCCGCUUGGAGCUUGCAGCUUGCCUGUUCGUCGUCUCGGUCCCAGCCGGCAGCCGGUCAACCCUCCAACCCCCUCUCUAGGCGGCUAGGCAGCAAGUCUCCCAGGCUGGCAGGCUCCCAGCCGGCAGCGGCAGGAGCCCGCACAAUCUGCUCGGCCCCUGGCCCCUACCAUGCUUGGCCGCCUGGGCACCUUGGUGCUAAACCUGCUGAGGCAGAGAGUAGAAAGGACAUGACAUCGCUCUACUAACUGGCCACCGUUGCAGCUCCAGCAAGUCGCCAUUGCUCUAGAGAUCCACAUGUGGUUCUCGGUGCAUUUUCGUAUCUUUUAGAAUUGAACUGUGAAAAACACAAUGGCAUCGAUCUUAUCUGGAGCAAGGAGCCUUCACUCACUCGCUCUGCUAUCGCGGAUGUUGGGCGAGACGACUCAGCUCGGUCCUUUUAACCGCAGCGUGCAGCGGAGGUGGAGAAAGCCUGUAGAUUCGGCAAGAACACGUCUUGAGGGAAGAACGAGGGAUCAUAGGCUGGACAAACUAAUGGUUCAGCUGAGGAACUUGAGGCUGGCCUUGGCUUUGCAUGAGGUGAUAUCUCAGCAGAGGAACGGAUACGCGUCUCUCCAGCUCCUCUCAAGGUGGAGGCAUGAGGUCGGGCUGAACAUUGAGGUCGGUGCUUUCCUCAAGAAAUACCCCCACGUGUUUCAGACCUACGUGCACCCUGUCAAGAGGAACCACUGCUGCAAGGUCACGCAGAAGAUGUCCGACUUGAUCGCAGAGGAAGACGCUGUGGUCAGGGAGAAUGAGGUCGGCGUAGUUCAGCGGCUGAAGAAACUUCUCAUGCUCUCUGUGGAUGGAACUCUGAACAUGCACGCGUUAUGGCUCAUAAGAAGGGAGCUUGGGCUUCCUGAUGAUUACAGGUCCUCUAUACUGCCGAACCAUCGACAUGAUUUAAUUCUCAAAUCCCCAGAUACUCUAUCACUUUUCUCUAGGGAUGAAACAUUGGCUGUAGCUAAGGUCGACGAGUGGAGGAAAAGGGAGUACACAGAAAAAUGGCUAGCUGAAUCAGAGACAAAAUAUGCUUUCCCGAUCAACUUCCCAACUGGAUUUAAGGUUCAAAAAGGUUUCAGGGAGAAACUCAAGAACUGGCAGAGGCUUCCCUACACCAAACCUUAUGAGAAGAAUGAUUCGCAUCCGAUAUGCAACGUGGAGCGGCUUGAGAAACGCAUUGUUGGUGUUCUUCAUGAGCUUUUGAGCCUGACGGUCGAAAGGAUGAUGCCACUUGAGAGACUGUCACACUUCAGAAGAUUGUACACCAUGGAGGUAAACCUGCGAGAAUUUUUUCUCAAGUAUCCAGGCAUUUUCUACAUCUCGACGAAAGGAAGCACACAGACAGUCAUCCUAAGGGAUAGUUACAGUAAAGGAUAUCUGAUUGAGCCUAACCCUGUGUACAUUGUGCGGAGGAAGAUGCUGGACCUGGUAUUAUCUGGAUCUCGUAACGUUGGUGAAUGCCAACAGGAUAGUGCAACUUGGUCAGCUGAGGAGCAUGAUCUGGGAAGCAGCCAUGGGUGCCAGGAUAACAUAUGCUAGGUGGAUUCUGCAAUUCCAUACUGGAACAUGGAGUUAGAAGUGACGCAUGGAAAGAACCAAUUAACUCAACCAUGAUCUUGCUGUAAUAUCUACAUAUAAAAAUACCUACUGAUAUCGUCUGCCCGGGGUGAAGCGAUGCCUAGCUGCGGCAUUGCCCUGCCUAGCCUCGCCUCGUCUCCGGCACGCGAACACCCAGCUCGGACUCUGUAAAGAGGAAGUUUACCACAAUCUCUGGUGGACUUUCUUUGCUCACUGCCCCUGCUCCUCCAUCGCUCUCGUGCGCCACUGUUCUCCAUGGAUCUCUUCAAUUUGAUGCUAGGUGGCAACAUUGCACCUAGCAAUGCUAUUUUUACUAUGCUGAUCAAGGCAUAUGCUAACUGUGGAAUGCUAGAUAGGGCUAUGAUUAUCUUCAAUGAGAUGAGAGCAAGGAGUGAAACCUGAUGUGGUAACCUAUUUGACAGUGAUUGGUGCCCUUUACAGAAUUGGUAAGAUGGAUGGUGCUGUGGAAAAAUUUAAUCAUAUGAUUGAUCAAGGAGUAACACCCAAAAAAUCUACUUACUGUUGCCUGAUUCAAGUUUUUUGUAUUCAUGGUGGUUUACUGAAAGCCAAGGAAUUGGUUUGGAAACCAUGAAUAAAGGUAUGUGUCCUGACAUUGUUUUCUUCAGUUCGAUAAUAAACAACCUUUGCAAACUAGGAAGGGUAAUGGACGCACAAAAUAUAUUUGACUUAACUGUAAAUGUUGGUCUGCAUCCUACUGUUGCGAUGCAUAGUAUGCUGAUGGUGGGUACUGUCUUGUUGGCAAGAUGGAGAAGGCAUCAAGGGUAUUUGAUGCUAUGGUGUCUGCUGGCGUUGAACCAAACAAUGUAGUGUAUGGUGUACUUGUUAAUGGCUAUCGUAAAAUUGGAAGGAUCGAUGAUGAGUCUUUUCAAAGAAAUGUUGCAUAAAGGAAUAAAGCCUUCAACUAUUUCGUACAACAUCAUACUUGAUGGGUUAUUUCAGGCAGGGAGAACAGUUCCUGCGAAGGUGAAAUUCCACGAAAUGACUGAAAGUGGUAUCACAAUGGACAAAUGGACAUACAACAUAGGUCUUAGUGAACAUUUUAAAAACAGAUGCUCUGUUGAAGCAAUCUUGCUUUUUGAAGAAUUACGUGCAAUGAAUGUAAAGAUCAAUAUCAAAACUCUCAAUACCAUGAUAGCUGGAAUGUUUCAAACCAGGAGAGUUGAAGAAGCUAAGGAUCUGUUUGCUUCUAUCUCGAGAAGUGGGCUGGUGCCUUCUGUUGUGACUUACAGUAUAAUGAUGACAAAUCUUAUAAAAGGAUUGGUGGAGGAGGCAGAUGAUAUGUUUUCAUCCAUGGAGAAUGCUGGCCGUGAGCCUGAUUCUCGAUUGUGUGGUUAGGGAAUUACUAGAGAAAAAUGAAAUGGUCAGGGCUACAACGUACCUGUCCAAAAUUGAUGAGAGGAAUUUCUCACUUGAGCAUUCAACCACAACAUUGUUGAUCGAUCUCUUCUCAAGCAAAGGGGCUUGUAGGGAACACAUAAGAUUUCUCCCUACAAAGUAUCGUUUUCUUGCAGGGGGCUCGUUAAUGUUCGAUUGCAAGCAGCAGUCGGUGAUCCAGCAGCUCCUCUGGCGCAAGGGGCGCCUGAUAGUGAUGUGUUCGAGGGGGACGCCUCUGCUGUAUGCCCCAGUGGAUCCUGCAGAGUCAUUCAAGUUCUAGAGUUUGUAGAUUGUCUCCAGCCAGUGAUUAACAUAAUCCCAUUACAGGUUUGUUUGUCUAAGCUUGUUUUGUCAUAUUUUUUUUUGGUACAGUUCACUGUUCACUGAACAAAUUCUGCUGUUUUUUUGGUUCAAUUGCUCGCGUACCAUACAUAAAUAUCGAUUAGUUGAGGUAUGCAGUUUAUUUCCUGAUUCAGCCUAGGAGUACUUUAACGGCUUAUUGGAACUGGUCUAAUUCAGCACUGGAGCAACAAGGGAGCCUAAGCUGCAAAAAUGUGGAUUGUUCCAACCUGUGCAUGUGUUCUGGUGUUAGUUUCUUCAGAGCGGACAUUGAACUUAACAGUGCAAUUUUUUAGAACUUUGCAGCAGUUUUAAGCACAAGCACGCUUCAUCGACAAUAAAUUAAAUUCAAAUCAACCUGCUGGUUUGUGAUACGUAAACCAUAUUAUCCAUUUUCAGCAAAUAAGGUUGGUUUGCACUUAAUUUGUUGAUGAUGAAGCGUGCUUGUGCUUGAACCUGCUGCAAAAUUCUGAAAAUUUGUACUGUAAGUUCAAUGUCCGUUCAGAAGAAACUAACACCAGGACACAUGCACAGGUUGCUACAAUACACAUUUUCUUGCGGCUUAGGCUCCCUUGCUACUCUAGGGCUGAAUCAGACUAGUUCCAAUAAACUGUUAAGUACUCCUAGGCUGAAUCAGGAAAGAAACUGCAGAUCUCAACUAAUCGACAUUUAUGCAUGGUAUUCGGUGAUUAGUAGUAUUGUGAUAUGCACAGGUCAAAUUUAUUAUUGGGAAUCAUAUACAUCUAACCAGCUUUCAACUCUUCUUUCCUCCUUAUAAGGUACUUGCCUUCAACUAAUAUAUGUAAGUUGUUUGCCUUUAACUGGCACAAUGUGCCCUAUGCAGAUGUCUUUUCAUAGCUUAUAAGCUGCUUGACUUCAACUGACAUGUGCCCUUUGCAGAUCUAUGAUAUCUUCAAGUUUCUUCCGUCGAAGAUUCAGGUCAGUGUGUUCUCAGCUACCCCCUGAGGUCCUUGAGAUCACCCAUCAGUUUGAAAUGAUAAGAGGCCCUACUACAGAUAUAAAAAGAACAGCCGAUCCAAUGCUGACGGUGGCUCACACAUGAGUGGGCUGAAAAUUUUACCUAUUCAGAAAAGUGUUCCAACUGUUCAUCUUCAUCCUUACCACCAUAUUUGAUUUUUAGAGAAUAGCUGGAGCUUCAACCAACGAUGAGGCCUUGUUCGGUUAUAGGAUUGAGAUGUAUUGAGGUGGAUUUUAAUUUAUUAUGGAUUUAAACUGACUCAAUAUCACCAAAUCCACAUGAAAGCCCAGAGCAAGAUUAGCCCUGGAGGGUUAUACAGGGGGAGGCCGUCGAUCAUAUGGCAUACAUGAAUACGUAUGGCCGCAGCAAAGGCCAGAUGAGGCCGGAGGACAGGAGGCAGAAGAAGACGCCGACGAGAUGUCAUACAUGAAUAUCUCAGCUCCUGUUUUAGAAUUUGGAGUAUUAGACUGUUGUACUGGAAUAUCAGGGGGCUCAAUGCCCUGUAAAAAGAAAUGACCGUCAUGUUCUUACAGGAAAUAAGGAGAGAAAACUCUGAUACAAUGUUCGUCGGAAAAUUUCUGCCGUCAGAUUUUUGAGGGUUUUGAUUUUGUACCUUUGCCAGACGCCUCAAAUUUGAGAGAUCAGAAUUACAAGUUUACGAGA